AUAAAUGUGAAGAUUGCGAAGGUAAUGCAGUGCCUGAAGUAUUAGAUCCAGCUGAAUCUCUUGUAGCUAUAACUGUUGGAAAUACAAAAGAAGGAACAUUAUUUCCAGCAAAACCUAAUUUUGUAUACCUGAAAAUUGUUUAA